UCUCGUCGGAGACUCUGUCGAUUGCGGUUGUUGUAAGUACAACCCUUGGCCGCGUGUGUUUUGAUGGUGCAUUGCUUUCCAGUCCUGUUUGGUUCAGAGUUCAACCAGCUACAGACUAAGAACUCUAAGGAAAGCACUGCUAAGCUUUCGAGUGCGCUUUUACUUUGCGGGACGUUCGACGCGUAAAAUCACGCGCGUGACUUAACUAUCUACUCAUGCGAGUUGCUAAUUCCGGUAGACAAGUAAUCGGUGUAUAUGUGUGUGCUAGUGCGUGUACUAUACGUGCCAAAAUAAUCCUUUCGAAUUUUUCCAGUUGAAAAUUGGAAAGUGAGUUUAAUUGAGUUAGACCAAGUGGAAAGUGUACUGUUGGUGGGUUCGCCUUGUGGGGUCAGAAUUAACAUCGUUCUAUUGUGAGUUGAUUUCAGUUGCCGGUGUUCGGUUGGAAAAAACACCCCCCACAAGGGGGUGGAGUCCUAGUGAAUGUUAUCUAGUUUAUUUCGCUUUUGUGAUUGAAUGGAAGAGAAUGAAAAAGGGCAGCAAGCAACAAGAAGAAAAGAAUUAAUGUGCAAAAUUUAGAUUUAUUCUCCCUGGAUGGCGGUGUGCCGUGGCUGGGGCCAAAAGUGAAAGAUUUAUACGUUGUCAAGCGAGCAGCUUUCGUUCGUGCAGGAGCCAACCUGCUGUUGCUGAGUGUCAGAGUAAAAGGAAGCACUUUUUUUCUUGCUCCGGAUGUUUCUUGCAUGGAAAACAUUGGAUCGGUUCCAUCCUUUCUGUAGAUGUGCUCUUUUGUGUUGAGUUAACUUGUUGUAGAAAUAAGUGCUAAGGGCUAAAGGAUAGCGAAUAAAUCCUGUAAAGCAGGCAGCUCAAGUGAUAUAAAUUAAAUGGAGAAUUAAUGUUUAUUGCAUCUAGAUUUAGGCGGCAACAGAAAAAAAAAAUCCAAGUUUUGAUGGGACAAUUUUGAUAACCUGAAGGUGAUAGUUGGUACAGUUUUCAACUGUUGCGUUGUUCUGUUCGAAAUAUCUACGAAGCACUUAAAAUCAGUUGUGAUGUGAAUUGUAUAAACGUGUCUUCAAUUGAGCAGAUUCCGAACAAGCUUCAAGAAGCAGUGUUAUCAAAAAAGUGUAGUUAAUAUCAAGUGAACUGUGCAACCAAUUUACAACUAUAGUUCGACCAAGCAAGUUGACAAGUUUGAUACUAGUUUUGUGUUUGUAGUUGUGAUUUUUCUGAAAGGAUUAUCUUGCUGUUGAAAUCAUUCACGCGGCUGCCCACAAACUGAUCCAGUCAACUGUGCAGUUUUGAAACAAUAAAAUUUGAAACACCGUCGGCACCGGGAACAAGUCUUAUGCGUCAGUUCAUCGAAAAAAAAUAUUCGACGAUGGCGUCACUUCAGAGAAACGUUUAAAAUUGGUCACUUGGACCCUGGUUUGACCUGCACUUAUUCCUGACGAGAACGAUACUACGACCUACAUCUAAAUAUUUGAAAGGUACCCAUAUUCAACAAAGUAACAAAUUCUGCAAAUAUCCUGCUGUAAGAUGGCACACCUUCACCGGCACCGGCGGGAGUCGGCCAGUGACAACAGUGCCCCGUCCACAUCGAGCAAAUCGGACAGCUCCGAUGGAUCCGCAUCGGAAAUCUGCGAAGUAAUUCAAGAAUGGUCCCUGGACGCCGAAUCGCAGUCAAUUCCCAGCCAGAUCAGUAGCGGAAGUAGUUCGAGCGGCAGUAGCCACCAUCACCACCAUCACCAUCAUCAUCAUCACCACCAACAUCGCCAACAGCAGCAGCAGCAACAACAACAACAACAACAGCUAGCAGCCAUGAAUGGAAACUACAUCAACGAAGACGACACUGAGUUGGACUACGGCAAGCACGAUCUGAUCAGUCUGGAUAAUGGCAUGAUUACAGAUUUCGAACGAGCCCAAGUGGAAAGCUUCUUCAGUGGUUUGGGCACGGAGGUCUACGUCAGCACAUCGUUGGCCAACCUAUACGAAAGCAUCGGUAAGGAAGACUGGCGCCUAGUGUACACCGGCAUCCCCGUAUUGCUGCAUGACAAAGGCUGCACCCGGUCCCGGUGCACUCCACGAGUAAGUUUCGUCCUGGCCGAACGGGGCACCUGUUUCGCCCUGUGGAAGGACACCAUCGACAAUCUUUCCGACUAUAAGGUAGCAGCGGCCGCCUUUCACACCAUGUGUCUCUCAGCAGACCACCGCAAACUAAUCGGAUUCAGUUUCGACUCGAACCAGGCGGCCCGCGAAAUGUGGGUUCGCGUCGAAGAACUGAUCAGCAAUCCGGAAAACAUAGCCCUCUCGGUACCGGGACGAAAGCGAAAGUCCAAGAAAAGUUCCAAGCCGAUCAUUCUACCGCCAAAGUCACAAAUCUCACAGCCCUGUCAGUUCCAUCACGUGACCAGCGUCACCAUCAGUGAUGCCCAGCGGUAUUUUAGUCUGCAGGCAUUCGUGGCACCGCCGGUCAAGCACCGGGCGCCGUAGUCCGGAGCGUGCGGGAGCCGAUUUUUUUCGCUCUUUUGAGUUCCGAUCCGGAAUCGAUUUACCGAGAAAUUGCGCACCAGACAACGAUUUAUCAUAGUCUAGUUGUUGUUUCUUUUUACUGGUUAAUUUUCUCUACCCUGUAUUUGUGGCGGCUGGGCAUACCAACUUUAAACACAUUCAUUUUAGCAGUCAUCCGAGAUGAGAGGGAAUUUUAAUUUUUAAUUAUUGUACGAAAACUGCGUUGAAAGGGAAAUACGAGAAGCCUUGUUAAUAAUUAAAUUUAUUUAACGCCACCCGAUCUGCGGCGCCCUUUGAUGCGACUUUACCGGCAGAGUCAGCCGCGAAAAAAUAAAACGGGAUUGCUUACGGUUCUAGUGGAAACGGUUGCCAUGAUGCUACCUACAUAUAUAUACGUAUACCCUUUAAUUAAUUUACUGCAUGUUUGUACUGCAUCCGCCUCCGGUCGGGAACGGUCCCUAUCGGAUUGCGGCAUAAAAGCCGCACAGGUCAACUUGACUUGUUGACUUUUUUUUUGGGCUUUGCGGAAUCGAAAUCCCUUUUUGAUUGUUUUUUAUUGUAGCCAAUAAGUACAAUUAGCUUUUUUUAAAUGUUACUGUAACUACAUUUGAACUGAUAUAGGCUGACAUUGUCUGUUAGAUCAAUUCGAAUUACAUUACAUCAAAUUUCAAGGGAAGAAUAAGAAGUGAAAGAUCGCCAAUUAAAUGUACAGUGUACAUACAGUGUCUGUGAUAAAUUGAUCAGUCCACGAACUAAAUCUUAAUGGAAAACUCGGUCAGUGGUAACAAGUUAAAUGUUGGUAGAAAUCAAGAUAAUUGAUCAAUGAUCACACGAACAAACGAACGAGCAGCAAUAAGGUUAAUUGUGCUUCUUCAAAAAAGAGUUUCCGUUGUAAUUUGCCAGUUGGCUUUACAUAAUUCCUCAAUUCAAUAUGAAGUCUAAAUCGAAAUAAGUCCACCUUCAUCGACUACUUUAACGAAACGAACAUUCUAGCGAUAAUGGUUAUUUUAAAUUUCAUCCAAAUCAUCCCGAGAACUUUAUCGAAAUCAAUAAUCCGAAAGGAUCGUUCGCGUUUACGUGGAAAUAUAUAGCCAUUACACAGGACCACACUUUCUUGCAUCUCAUUCUCCUCACCAUCCACGUUCCAUGGAGCAAACGGCACCAAAUAACAUUGUCUUUGUAAACUUCUGGAAACGAAGCAACAUUUUCCUGUUAGUUAAUAUACAGCACAAACCCAUUCACCCUUUCUUCGAAGUUGUUUCAAACAUUUACGAAUAGUCAACGUAGAUUUAAGAAGUGAACAAACUUUAGAACACACUGUCCAAUAAUGCUUUAUUUUGAUGAUUCUGUAAAUAAUUGUAUGCGUGUAAGUUAAAAUACUGAAAUAAACUAAUGUGGAAAUUGA